AUGCACCCAGGCCUCAAGAUCUUUGGUGUGGUGGCAGCGAUUCGGCUUUUGAAUGCAGUAUCGAUUGGCACCUUCUUCCAGCCUGACGAGUUUUACCAGGCGCUAGAACCAGCUCACAAGUUGGUUUAUGGAUACGGAUACAUGACAUGGGAAUGGCAUGAACAGUUACGUUCCUCGCUACACGUGUGGCUAUACGCGUUGGCAUACAAAGCGUUUGGGUUGGCUUUUGAUGAUUCAUGGACCACGUACUUGGCUCCUCGGUUUGUGGGAGCUAUUGUGGCUGCUUUAGGAGAAACCUACUUGUACAAGUUUGCAGUGGCAUAUACUGGAAGUGUCCAGAUUGCCACAUUGGCAUUGGCCGCGUCGCUCUGCAGCGGCUGGAACUGGUUCUUUGUGACACGGGCGUUUUCUAAUAAUCUAGAGAUGGUUCUUACUACCAUUGGGUUGGCCUAUUGGCCCUGGAAUAGACCAAACGGAGGGAUCCUCAAAAGCUGCCUUUUUGGGUUCCUCAGUUGUCUUGUCAGGCCUACCAAUGCCCUUCUAUGGGGCUUCCUCGGUGCUUCCUUUGUGGUGAAUAACGCUGGUCAUCCUGGAAAACUACUCCUGGUAAGUCUCGAUCUAACCGUGCUCUUCGGCAUUGUUUGUGCAUUGGCGGCGGUCCCAGACCACCUAUUCUACGGCGAGUGGACCUUCCCACUAUACAACUUUAUCGAAUUUAAUGUGGUCAAAAACCUCCUGAUUUUCUAUGGCAGUGCUCCAUGGCAUUUCUACAUCUUCCAGGGUAUCCCACUCCUCCUAAUGGGCUACAUCCCGCUCUGGGCCUCUGCCAUGUGGCGUUUCCGGAACACGCUAUUGGCCAAUACCACCUUAUUCGUGAUUGUCGGAUUCUCAUGCAUCGCCCACAAGGAGUUUCGCUUCAUAUACCCGUUGUACCCCAUCUUCAUGAUCCACACGGCCCAAGCGGCAAGACUGUUUUUACAUCGACACCACUUUAAAAAGUUGGCCGCUGCUGUGGUGCUACUUCAUGCUGUGGUUGCAUUAUUCUUCACAAGAGUGAACGAGAAGGGUGAGAUCGAUGUGGUCAAUUGGCUCACAAACAACUCUGAAGUCACAUCGGUGGGCUUUCUUACGCCGUGCCACUCUGUGCCAUGGCAUCUGUCGUUUCACCGUGAAGAUCUUGUGCUGAAUCUGUGGAUGCUCACGUGUGAGCCGCCUUUACAUUUAGCCAGUGGAAACUUGGAAAACGUCAAAUCUUACAGAGACGAACUGGACAGGUUCUACGACGACCCCGUUGGUUUCCUCAAUUCUGACAUUGGCACUCCUCAGAGGCCUUGGCCAUCCCAUUUAGUGAUAUUCGCCCACAUGGAGGAUGUUGUAUCUACAUUUCUUGGGCUGUCGUACUACGAAUGUGGCCGUUUUUUCAACAGCUACUUCCACUGGGACCCCGGCGCUGGGGUGACAUAA